CAAUGUUGAAGAUGCAGAGAUCGAGGUGGAAGAGGAGGAGGAGGAGAGAGCAAGAGAACCUCAUCACUCACAGACACACACUCACUGCAUUUUUUCUCUUUUCUUUUCUCAGAAAAAAAAAGUUCAAUAUUUUUCCCGAGAAAAUAAACUGAAAGAUUCAGAUCGAAAAAAGAAAGAAAGAAGGGGUCUCUCAUAAAUGUAAUGCGAUUCAAGCACGAGAAUAUCCAGAGAGCGAGAGAGAUUAAAAAAGAGGCUCCUUUGAGCAGUUUGAUUUCACGUUUUUGAGCAGAGCGAAGACUUUGUCUGAAGAGAGAUUUUGCGGCGUAGCAAUGGGUGAUUCGUCGGAAGAUUUGAAAGUCGACAUGCCGCAAGUGGAAGAAGAGAAAGCUAGAGAAAGCAGUUGCUGCAGCUCUGAAACAACCAGACAAGAGGAAGAACAAAGUCCUAGUAGCACCGAGGAUUUCACUGCUUCUCCGGUUUCAUCUCGUUGGUCGGUGAAGAAUGUCGACGGAGAUAAGAAGAUUCGUUCGGAUUGUGUGAAACAGUCGAGAGUUUCAGAGAUUGAGAUGAUGAAGGAAAGGUUUUCGAAGCUUCUGCUCGGAGAAGAUAUGUCAGGUUCUGGGAAUGGUGUCUGCACGGCGUUAGCCAUCUCAAACGCAAUCACUAAUCUUUGUGCUACUUUGUUCGGGCAACUAUGGAGGUUAGAACCACUGCCUACAGAGAAGAAAGAGAUGUGGAGAAGAGAAAUGGAAUGGCUUCUCUGUGUGAGUGAUCACAUUGUAGAGAUGACUCCAACUUGGCAAACUUUUCCUGAUGGAACCAAACUUGAGAUAAUGACUUGCAGACCAAGAUCAGAUCUUUAUGUUAAUCUCCCAGCACUCAAGAAACUAGAUAACAUGCUCCUUGAGAUAUUAGAUAGUUUUGAGGAGACAGAGUUUUGGUAUGUUGACCAAGGAAUCAUGGCGCACGAAUCAGCAGCGGAUGGAUCAUCUUCUUUCCGAAAAUCUUUUCAGAGACAGGAAGACAAAUGGUGGCUUCCGGUUCCACGGGUUUCACCAGGAGGUUUACAAGAAAACUCAAGAAAACAGUUGCAGCAUAAACGUGACUGCACUAAUCAGAUACUAAAAGCUGCCAUGGCCAUCAACAGUAUCACACUUGCUGACAUGGAAAUCCCCGACUCAUACCUCGAAUCUCUUCCACGGAGAGGAAGAUCUUGCCUCGGUGAUUUAAUCUACAGAUACAUUUCAUCGGAUCAAUUUUCACCUGAAUGUCUUCUUGAUUGCCUUGACUUAUCCUCUGAACAUCAAGCCAUAGAGAUAGCUAACCGAGUCGAGUCAUCAAUCUAUCUAUGGCACAAGAGAACUAAUUCCAAGCCAGCUACAAAUACUAGAACAUCGUGGGAAAUGGUGAAAGAACUAAUGGUUGAUGCAGAGAAGCUAGAGUUAAUGGCGGAUCGAGCUGAAAGUUUAUUGCUUUCUUUAAAACAACGGUUCCCAGGUCUUCCUCAAACCGCACUAGACAUGAGCAAAAUCCAGUAUAACAAGGACAUUGGGAAAUCAAUUCUGGAAAGCUACUCGAGGGUUCUAGAGAGUUUAGCAUUCAACAUUGUUGCACGUAUCGAUGAUUUGCUCUUUGUUGAUGAUCUUACAAGACAUUCAUCGGACCAGAUUCCAACAACAUUAGGCAACGACGGUAGUGACGCUCUUAAGACCACCGCGUUGCCUGUUUCAAACUACACAACUCCGAGCUAUUCGCCUUCAAAACAGGAGCUCCGAUCAUCAAUAACAGUUCCGCCAUCUCCUUCCCGGUUCAAGAUUCCUCACAGUAGCAGUGUUAAAAGGGUUUUGACAGCUUAUGUAACGAAGAACGAACCAAGAUUAAAGGAUAUUCCAGUAGAAAGAUCGAGCCACUCUCCGUCAGGCGAGAGAUUGUCUCUCGAGAAGUGCAUGAAGGAAUCAUUGAAUGUGUCGAACCUUGAUCCUGGGAUUUGAAUUACUUACUACUCCUUGGUGUUUAUGGAUCCCUUUUCCUAUGAUCCUAAAUCUUUUAUAAUGUUUCUUUUUCUUUCUUGUGUGUAGUUUAGUUUUGUAAUAUAAUAAUUGGAAAGACGGGAUUUGACUUUGA